CAAGAACAAUGUUCCGUGGCUGGCAGAACAGAUUCCACAAAUGGCAGCUAUUUCCGUUCCCAUUCCCAGCCCACCAUUUGACAAAUUCGUAUCCUCAUCGCGCGAAUCACGCAAACUCAAUCGGUAUCUUCAUUCGUAUAUAUAAAUGAUCUGAUCUAGAGCUACGGCGUCGAUGAGAUUGGAAUCAAUUUACAUCUCAGAAAUGAACAAUCAAGACCAGCAUAAAUUCCUUCCCAAGAGAAUAAUAUUGGUUCGUCAUGGCGAGAGCGCAGGCAAUCUUGACGGUUCAGCCUACACCACAACACCAGAUUACAAGAUCCCACUUACCCCAGAUGGUAUCGCACAGGCCAAACUCGCCGGAACCCAGAUCCGAGAUGUAAUCUCCGACUCCGGCAAACUCCGUAACUGGAAGGUUUGCUUGUAUGUAUCGCCUUAUGAACGAACUAGGUCAACCUUACGGGAAAUUGGGAGGUCGUUUCCUAGAAAGAGAGUAAUUGGGGUUAGAGAAGAAUGUAGAAUUAGGGAACAGGAUUUUGGGAAUUUUCAGAUUACUGAGAGGAUGAAGGUUAUAAAGGAGACUAGAGAGAGAUUUGGUAGGUUCUUUUACCGAUUUCCUGAGGGUGAGUCUGCUGCGGAUGUAUUCGAUCGUGUUUCGAGCUUUCUGGAAUCUUUAUGGAGGGAUAUUGACAGCAGGCUCCAUUAUGAUCCCUCAGACGAUUUAAAUAUCAUUAUAGUUUCACAUGGACUUGCUUCACGGGUCUUUCUAAUGAAGUGGUUCAAGUGGACAGUCGAACAAUUUGAGUACCUAAACAAUUUUAACAACUGUGAGUUUCGAGUAAUGCAGUUAGGAGAUGGUGGUGAGUACAGUCUGGCUGUUUACCACUCCGAUGAAGAGAUGCAGGAGUGGGGACUAUCGGCAGAGAUGAUAGCUGACCAAAAAUGCAGGGCCAAUGCUACAAGAGGUGUGAUGAUGGAGAAAUGCCCCUGGUACUUGGAUCAUUUCUUUGACCAUCUCGACACAGAUUCUGACGACAACGAAGAUGCCAAAAAAACAGUUUCCUGAAUUUUCAGAUAUGUGAAACAGGUUUGAAUUCUAAGAUGUAAACAUGUGAUGAUUAACUGUAGUUUUCUGCUUUGGUUAUGCAAUGAUUAGAAAUUUGAAUCACUCUAUGCAGAAAAUUGGUUACCUAUUCAUUCUUUAUUUUAGGAAAUUCCCAACAAAGUUCAGUUUAGUGUAACGAUUAGUGUUUUUUUCCAAUCAAUGUAACAACGUUUCAAUAUUUUCUAUUUUGUACCCAUUGGGACUA